UACAGCGGCGGGGGCGCAGGGGCUGGUACGCGCUGGGCGGCGAGAGCCUCAUGGCGGAGGAAGAGAGCGAUCAAGAGGCCGAACGCCUUGGAGAAGAGCUCGUGGCCAUUGUGGAGUCCCCUCCAGGCCCUCCCGGGCUUAGAGCUGCGGGCGAAGGCAGAGGCGGCGCUGGCGGCGGCAGCUGCCGUGGCGGCGGCGUCGGGAUCAGCAGUCGGGAUUACUGCCGACGCUUCUGUCAGGUGGUUGAAGAUUAUGCUGGAAGAUGGCAGGUCCCUUUGCCACAGCUUCAGGUUCUUCAGACUGCACUUUGCUGUUUUACAUCAGCCAGUGCAUCAUUCCCAGAUGAAUGUGAGCACGUACAAUAUGUUUUGAGUAGCCUUGCUUUGAGUUUCUUUGAGUUGCUGCUGUUCUUUGGAAGAGAUGAGUUUUAUGAAGAGCCCUUAAAGGAUAUUCUUGGAUCAUUCCAGGAAUGCCAGAAUCACCUCCGCAGAUAUGGAAAUGUGAAUCUGGAACUGGUGACUCGAAUCAUUAGAGAUGGUGGCCCAUGGGAAGAUCCAGUGUUGCAAGCUGUUCUAAAAGCCCAGCCAGCAUCUCAGGAGAUAGUGAACAAAUAUUUAAGUUCUGAAAAUCCACUGUUCUUUGAACUACGUGCCAGAUAUCUAAUUGCUUGUGAACGCAUACCUGAAGCAAUGGCUCUCAUUAAAUGUUGUAUAAAUCACCCAGAAAUCAGUAAAGACUUGUACUUCCAUCAAGCACUCUUCACAUGUCUGUUUAUGUCACCUGUAGAAGAUCACCUAUUCCGGGAGCAUUUACUGAAAACUGAUUGUAAGAGUGGAAUUGAUAUCAUCUGUAACACUGAAAAAGAAGGCAAGACUAUGUUAGCCUUGCAACUCUGUGAAUCCUUUCUUAUUCCACAGCUCCAGAAUGGGGAUAUGUACUGUAUCUGGGAGUUGAUUUUCAUAUGGAGUAAACUUCAGCUAAAGUCUAAUCCUUCAAAACAAGUUUUUGUAGAUCAAUGCUACCAGCUUUUAAGAACAGCAACUAAUGUGAGAGUCAUAUUUCCUUUCAUGAAAAUCAUUAAAGAUGAGGUUGAAGAAGAAGGCUUACAAAUUUGUGUUGAAAUAUGUGGUUGUGCUCUACAGCUAGACCUUCAUGAUGAUCCUAAAACUAAAUGUCUAAUUUAUAAAACAAUUGCACAUUUUUUGCCAAAUGAUUUGGAGAUUCUCAGGAUUUGUGCACUCUCAAUAUUUUUUCUUGAGCGCUCCUUGGAAGCUUAUCAUACUGUUGAAGAGCUUUACAAACGUCCAGAUGAAGAAUAUAAUGAAGGCACAAGUAGUGUUCAAAAUCGUGUUCGUUUUGAAUUACUUCCAAUUUUGAAAAAGGGAUUGUUUUUUGAUCCUGAAUUCUGGAACUUCAUAAUGAUUAAGAAAAACUGUGUAGCGUUACUGAGUGAUAAAUCAGCAGUUAGAUUUCUAAAUGAAAGUACACUGGAAAAUUCUACAGGUAAUGUAAAAAAGGCAGUGGAACAGCAAGGUUUAGAUGAAGGACUUGACUCUCUUACAGAUCAGAGCACUGGAGAGCUUGAUCCUGAUGAUAUAUCUGGAGUGCAACCAAAAGGUCAUAUUAAUGCAAAGAAAAACCUCACAGCUCUUAAUGCUUCCAGAGUAGAUCACAAUGUCCCAAGGCAUCGGUGUAUGUUAUGUAACAAGGAAUUUCUAGGUGGUCACAUUGUACGGCAUGCCCAGGCUCAUCAGAAAAAGGGCAGUUUUUCAUGUGUGAUAUGUGGUAGAAAAUUUAGAAACAGAGGACUUAUGCAGAAGCAUUUAAAGAAUCAUGUUAAGAAAAUACAGAGACAGCAACUUGCUGCAGCUCAACAGGAGGAUCAGGAAAAUCCUGCUUUGGAAGAAAUAAAUUGUUCUGAUACUUUCAUUUCAUUUGAAAAUGGGAAGUCUGAUAAUAAGGAUUUGGAAGUAGAGACUAUUACCCGUUCCAGUGAUGGAAACAAAGAUGUCAUCCCUUCACAUGUGGGUGAAUUCAUUGAAAUUCCCGGAAGUGUAUCAGAAGAUGUUAUUGAAAAUAUUACUGAAAAUGGCAAUCCUGAUACUUCUUUAAAUAAUGUCUCAGAGCCAUUACCUGUAUGUGUGGAUGACUAUGAGGAGGAAGAAGACGAAGAAGGUGAUUAUGAAGAAGAUGAUUACGACUUGAAUCAGGAAACUUCAGUACUUCAUAAAAUCAAUGGAACCGUGUGCCAUCCAAAAGACAUAUAUGCGACAGAUCAAGAAGGAAACUUUAAGUGCCCCGCUCUUGGCUGUGUCAGGAUAUUUAAAAGAAUUGGAUUUCUAAAUAAGCAUGCAAGGACUGUACAUCCAACUGAUUUAAAUGUGCGGCAAACAGUAAUGAAGUGGAGCAAAGGAAAAUGCAAAUUUUGUCAAAGGCAGUUUGAAGAUUCUCAACAUUUUAUAGAUCACCUUAAUAGACACAGCUAUCCAAAUGUGUACUUUUGUUUGCAUUUUAAUUGCAAUGAGUCAUUUAAGCUGCCAAUCCAACUUGCUCAGCACACAAAAAGUCACAGGAUAUUUCAAGCUCAGUGUAGUUUUCCAGAAUGCCAUGAGCUUUUUGAAGAUCUUCCUCUGCUAUAUGAACAUGAAGCUCAGCACUAUUUAAGUAAAACACCAGAAUCAUCUGCACAACCAAGUGAAGCAAUUCUUUGGGAUGUUCUUACAGACUCAAAAUCUAAUCAUCAGGAAAAAGACUCAUCUAGUAAUGAGAAACAAACUGUUAGUCUACCAGUUUCUACUAGUAAAUCAAGGAAAGAUCCUACAGAACCAAAGACAUGUAUAGAAAGUAUGGAAAAGAAAGACCGUUUAGUUCAGAAUGGAAAUGAACAUUCUGAUCACACUGUUUCUGAUAUAAGCUUGACAGACCAAAAGAUGCCUGACAUAGAGCCAAAUUCUGAAAAUAAUUGUAUUAGUGAUUUAGUCAAUGGACACAGUGGAAUAGAGCAAACACCUUUAGUUUCCUCAGAUCCUGCUUUGAAAAUUGAUACAAAUAGAAUCAGGACAGAAAACGGUUCCAUUUUACCUAGUGUUGUACCACAAGAACACAGUACCCUGCCAGUACCUCAGGCACCUUCCAAACCAAAUCAGACGAGUGAACAUACUUCAUAUGGCUUAAUUUUAACAAAGCCAUAUGUCAGACCAUUGCCUCCCAGUUACCUUGAUGAACGGUACCUUAGUAUGCCAAAACGCAGAAAAUUUCUGACUGAUAGGGUAGAUGCCUGUUCUGAUCAAGAUAACGUUUGUAAAAAAUCAGUGAAAAGAUUAAGAUGUGGCAAAUGCCUGACCACCUACUGUAAUGCAGAAGCACUUGAGGCUCACCUUGCACAAAAGAAAUGUCAGACACUCUUUGGAUUUGAUUCAGAUGAUGAAAGUGCCUGAUAAAAAUGUUUCAGAACGAUCUGUCGAUCAAGCAGUAGUGUGCAAAAAGCACUACAAGAAAAUGCAUCAUCAGUUUGCUAUUUCCCUGAUGGCCUUAAUUUUAGAGCGGUCUUGGAUUACUAAAGAUAAAGACAAAGCACAUUUUCUAGAAUGAACCCACAGAGGAGAUGUGCUGGUUUAGACUCCAAAAGGGUUAUUACAAAACUCCCAAAGUACCAGUUAUCCAGAAAAACCACAUUUUUUUUAAGAAGUCGAUGAUGAUUAAUAGCAGCAUGUUCAGUUUCGCUUAUGUGAGAAACAUAUGCAGGCAACUAGUCAAAAAGAAUAACCAGCUAUGGCCUUACAGAAAGGGAAAAACCCAUUAUAAAAAAGGGGGGGGUGGUUUACAACUUAAAAGUAUUCCACAAAUAGGGUUUGUUUUCUUGUCAUGCCUAAUCAGAUUAUGUCCUCCUUUCUGGUCAAACAUGCUUUAAGGAACCAUUUCUGUUUGAUUUAUUAUUACUUAGAAACUGAUUGAUAAGAUGAAAGUAAAACGAUUUAUCACCAUACUAGCUAUAAAAGAUUGUACCUUGUUUCCAGAUGAUUGAUUAGGUCAAAGUUCAAUGAAUGACAUACCAGCAUUUAAAAUUAACAAACAAAGAAGACAAAACAACAGUGCUUUGCUAAUAAGCUCUUGACAGAACCUUCCACUUUCCAUUUUUAUAAUACCAAUGAGUUAUAUUUAAAAGGCAGCAGCGUCAAUAGAAAACAUAUUAUCAGUAACUCUGGGAAGAGAUGGGAGGAUCUAAGACCAUUAAAGGCUAUCUUAGUUGAAAGAAAACACUGAAUUGCAAAUUCUUCAAUGUGAAUAAUGGUAUAAGCACACUGGGAUAUUUCUGUUUGUAUAUAGAGUAGUGUUAGGACAUUGCUUGAUGAUUCAUAGUAAGGUCCUUUAGACAUUAAUGUGAGUUAUCUAAGUACAGUCCUAUAAAAAUAACUGACUAUAAAAAAAAAAUAUGCAGCUAAGAAUCCGGUCAAGAAUUCAUUGGUUUUAUUCAAUUAGGAGAGUUAAUUCUAAAAUAAGCCAUAUUACUUAUGCUUUCUUAUUUAUUUCUGAUGAAUUUGGUCUGAAUAGUAAUUUUUAUAUAUAAAAAGAAAUAUUUACACAAAAAUUUGCACAGCAAGAACACAGUAAGAUAUAUUGAUGCAUUUAUUUUCUUUGAUGACCAGUAAUUUUCCUAAGGAAGAUUUUAACUUAAUAGUCAAUAAAUCGUUAAAACAAAAAGGUUUUUAAAAAUACCCUCUCAGAUGUGUUCCAUGUCUUUAAAAGAGGAAGCUUAAAGACUUCCUUUUACCUAACAGUGUGUUAAUCUAUAGCAGGGGUAAAAUGAACAAAAAUGCAAAGGCAAAUUCUUCAAAAACAGAGUUAUUAAUGUACCAAUGUCAACCAGAUAUUCCAGUUAUUCCAACUGAUACAUUCUUGUUCAAAGUAUAUAAUCUCAUCAGACCCUACUAUUAUAAAUUUCUGGAUAUUAAAGCUUCUUGAAUGAAGUCACUAAGGAAGUGUGACUUUUCUUCCAGGGUAGCACCCAGGCUUUAUUAAAUUAGGAUUUCCAGGUCAUGAUAAAUCAGAUAUCUAAAAAACUACCCAAUUUUAUUAGUUUAUUUAUCAUAGGCGUUCACUACUAUGCAAUUGAUAGUCAUAAGUCCAUAUCAAUCAAAUCAGGUUUUUGUUUUGUUAUGUAGCCUACAUUAGGCUGUGGAAUUUACAUUUAAAAACAUAAGUAAACAACUCGAUAAGGUUUUUAAAUCCUUUAAGGUCAACUAAAGAAAAAAAUGUUUUCCAUACUUCCUGAUACUAAAAAUAUAAUACUUGAGUUCUUUUUCAGUUCAGUCUAAAAUACAUCAUAUAAUAAAAAGUAUUUGGAAACUAGUUCAUAUGGACAAUGAAGUUAUUUUAAAAUAUUUCUGCUUUGUACAUUUUCCAGAUGUUUAAAAUCACAGCUUAACAUUUUAUCACACUUUUAACUUUUUAUGUUUUAUAAGUUGUAACUAUUGACAUAAAUCCAUGUCUGCAACUUAUUUUCAUUCAUUUUGCAGUUCAUACCAAGAUGUUUUAAACAUAUUCCACUUGUUAUUUUUUUGUCUUUGAGGUUUUAUUUCUACUUUUGUGUUGGUAAGGGAAAACUUUCUGAAAGACUGAGAUCAAAUUGGUUUAUACAUAACUAGAUCAAGGAAUGUUUUAUAAAAUUCUGUUUGACCACAUUGUUCUAACCUCUUUAUAUACUUAUCAAAUAAUUGCUAUUGAAAGAAUGUGUACAUUUUCUUAUGUAUGCCUUAUAAAACAUAAACUUACAUCAUUUUGCUUUUACGGGGUGCAUAAACUUCCAACAGUUCCAAUGUGGAAUUCAGAAGACAAGGAAGCUUUCUUCUUAUUCCUCAAAUUCUUCUCUUUUUCUUUUCUAUUCCUUCUAUUUUAAGGAUGUGUUUAUCUUACGUGGACCAAGUUUCCAUCCUUUAUUUUCAAAUAAAAAUUUCCUUUGAAACAUUAAAUAUUAACUUUCUGCUAUGUUUCAGUAAGGUCAAAAAAAUAGCAAAUCUGAAUUUUUGCUGCUCAGAUAUUAUGGAGAAGAUAGAAAAGGAGAACCUUCGUGGACAGGGGCACUGGUACUUUGGGCUUCAGUCAUACUCUUUUUUUUUUUUUUUAAUAAACCACCAAUUAUAUAAUGAAGACAUAACAUAACAUUGAACUUGUGAUUCUUUUCAAAUCACACUUGAAGGUUCAGCUGUACUCCUUUCAUGUUUGGUUCAAACUGUAGUAUGGGUGAAAAACCUAAAAGGGAUGGUAGUGUUUAUUUUUUAAUUUAUUUGGUACUGUAAAACACCAUUUCAGAAUGACUAAAUGCUGCAUAUGCAUUUUGGAAUUGUUAAUAUGUGAAAGAUAUUACAGAUUCAGCAAGAAAGGAAAUAUGUGCUUCCUUGUUGAACAUUAAAUUAUUUUACUUUGCAUUUUAUAAGAGUACAAAUUAAAACUGAGCCAUUGAACUGCAAUAAAUCAACAGUGUCUCAUUUCAAGAAAUUUUUUGUACUGUACAUAGAUUUGUUCAAUAAAACAUUGUCCUUGUUGGUAA